AUCAGCGCAGUUUCAGUGUGUCGCAGAGAGGAAUUUGGCGUGUGUAGGUAUCGAAUUGAUUAAGCAUAAUUUGUUUCUCUGUUAAAAAGCUAAGAUGCAAAACUACGACAAUAUAUCUCCCAACCCGAAGAUCGGAGCGGUGGCAGACAAUAGAGGGAGCGACGGGUCGCUGUUGUCGGUGCUGAAAACGCUACUUCUUUACACCAUUUUGAUGAUAACUCUUCCACUCGGACUGUACUUCACAUCCAAGGCAUAUCUAUUUGAAGCAUCACUGGGUUAUUCCAGCAACGACAGCUACUUCUACGCUGCCAUUGUCGCCGUGGUAACAGUGCACGUGGUUCUGGCAUUGUUUGUGUAUGCGGCGUGGAAUGAAGGAUCGCGUCAGUGGAGAGAAGGAAAACAGGACUGAAGAGCCGACGAGGGAGAUUGGCAGAGAGAGAGAGAGAGAGAGUGUUUAGGGUGUGUUAGGACAGAGGAAAACACAGAGUGACAGGCGACAC